AAAACUUACACAUUCAAUAAUAUUUUCAACACUACAAUUUUUAAAAAAAGAAGGGAUGAUUUAUAUCGACACAUGGAUCUGGGCAGCGUUUUGCUACAUCUGUGGUUGGAUCGGGUUGCUCAGCAUGCUUACUUACCUCAUUGGAGUAUGCUUGCAGUGGAUCUCGCUCAAGAUACCGCAGAACCUGCGUAAAAAAUACAAAGCCGAGUGGGCAGUCGUUACGGGUGGAAGCAGUGGGAUCGGUAAAGCAAUCUCCGAGAAGCUCGCGAUGCAGGGGAUUAACGUGGUGCUUGUGGCGCUUGGCGACGCGAUGCUCGAUAAAACCUUCGAGGAACUCACCAAAAGGUUUCCAAGCGUGAAGUUUCGCAAGGUUGGGGUGAAUCUCGGCGAGGUGAACAGCGCGUCGUACAUGAAGCCUAUCAUUGCGGCCACGGAAGAUAUUCACGUGCAGCUGCUUUUUAACAACGCCGGAUAUAUCACCACCGGGCUCUUCGCUGAUACCGAUCUGGAGCGGCUACGAUGCAAUUUCGAGUGCAACGCGGGCAGUGUGAUCCCGAUUACGCAUCACUUUUUGCGUAAAAUGAUUUCACAUCGGAGCCGAGGCCUGAUUUCGUUUACCUCAUCCGCGUCGUGUUACCUUCCGGGACCGACCGCCACACUUUACAGCCCGACAAAGGCCUUUCUGACCAACUUCGCGAGCACCUUAGCGGCGGAAAAUCACGACGUCGGCAUCGACGUUGUUGUGAUUCACCCCUCACCGGUGAAUACGAACUUUUACAAAAACGAAGGUCCCGCAUUGAGCUCGCUGCAAACCGCGCAAAAGGCUGCGGCGAUGCCGAUGAAUAUCGCUGAUCAUAUCUUCGCCUCCGCCGGUCGCCUUACAGUGCGAGACCAAGGCCUUACCUGCGCCGUUUUUCGGCUAUUAAAUAAGUUGAUUGACUUUCAACUCUUCGUGGAGCUAACCACCCGCUUCGCUUUUUUGAAUGGAGAUCACAAAAGACUAGCCCACGCGUCGAAGCUUCGAAAUGAUAUAAAUGAGCUUUGA